AAUGGCGUGAACCCGCGAUGUGGAGCUUGCAGUGAACCGAGAUCUUGCCACUGCACUCCAGUCUGGGUGACAGAGCGAGACUCCGUCUCAAAAGAGAAAAAAACAAAAACAAAAACUUGUCAGCUCUAUUUGCUGUAAGAACUAUAUGAGUAACAUGAAAAUGCCUGACUAGACCCUGUUCCUGUUUUUACUCUUAGCUCGUUCAAAUCUUCGUAAGGAUAAUUAACAGCAGUUUGAGUUCUGGGAUUCACACUCCAAACUACUGUUUUACUCACCCAGCUACCCUUUUCUGCACUACUACUGGAAAACCAUACCUGUAUCAGUUUACUUCCAUUAUUUUACUUGAAGUGAAUUCCUGGACCAUGAGACAUUAGACCAAGGCUAAAAAUAAAAAUAAAAGAAUCAAUCACCCCUGAGUUUUGGUAUUACCGCUUUCAAGUUAUGGAUCUGCCUCCUCAUAGGUAAAAUUUGCAAAAUAUCACCCGCCGUGUGUGCCUCAGAACUGUUAUGGAUUAAGGAAGAGAACAAUGUUUAUGAAAACGUUUUGUAAAUUAUACAAAUGUGGGACAUAAUGUUCCUGGUAACUGUAUGCAAACAAUAAGACAACAAAACAAACGCAAAAGCUUUUUUAACUUGUUGCAGUUUUCCUGCCCGGUGUUCCCUCCGUGAAUGAGCAGCGUGCAGCGAGCAUGUGCGCGCAGUUGCGGUUCCAUCAACGCCACACUGCUCGGCUUGCGGACGGGGAAACCUGCCAUAGCGCGCCUGCCGCCUGCCGAGCGAGGCUCACCGUUCCACUGGGGUCAGUGGGCUAUUGACUCCCCGCCUGGGUGAAACCGGAGCUUCCAAGUCACGUGGCGCGCGAAGACAAACCAGGCUGCUCGGGGUUUCCCGUAGCUUUCCCCCAGCUUCCUGGCGAUUCAUAUUCUGGCGCUUACCCCUCCCUUUGGUCGGGCGGAACCCAAUCCCCGCCUGACAAGUAAGUCCCGCCGGCCGGACGCGGUGGCGCGCGCCUGUGGUCCCGGCUGCUCGCGGUGCUGAGGCGGGAGAAUCACCUGAGCCCGGGAGGUCGGGGGCUGCAUGGAACCGCGAUCGCACCACCGCACUCCAGCCUGGGCAACUGAGCGAGACCCUGCCUCCAAAAAUAAGAAUAAAGGAGAAAAAAAAAAAAAAAAAAAAGAACUGCGGCCCCAUUGGCCUGACUCUCCUGAACAGCCUAGCUGUCUCCGACCAGUUACGGAGGAGGAGGCCUUGAGAGGAUAGUGCCAUUGGCUCGAUGUCCUGCCCUUCCGAAACCUAAGUCUUUAGCUUCCAAUCGGGACUCAGCUUUGAGAAGAGCGCCACGCGGUGGGCGAGAGGAUGCCCCAGUAAAUCCGCAGGUCUUUUGACUCUUUCUGCCUUUGUUUACAACCCUGUUGUGAUCUCCCUGUUGAAAAAGCGAGGGCUAGAGAACAGGCAUUCAAAUAUCCUGAGCUCCAGUCACAGCCUUUUCUAUUCUUCCGCUAGGCGACACCAAACCCUGGGGAAGAUUUACUAUAGCUAAGAGAAAACUGAAGCAGAAAGGGCGCGGCUACCUACUUCUUCAAUUCCGUUUGUGGACCCUCAGACUCAGUCCCCCACUCCCAGAUACAGCGGCCCUACCGUGGCUCCUGACAAGAAGCAUGGAUCUCGGAAUCCCUGACCUGCUGGACGCGUGGCUGGAGCCCCCAGAGGAUAUCUUCUCGACAGGAUCCGUCCUGGAGCUGGGACUCCACUGCCCGCCUCCAGAGGUUCCCGUGACUAGGCUACAGGAACAGGGACUGCAAGGCUGGAAGUCCGGUGGGGACCAUGGCUGUGGCCUUCAAGAGAGUGAGCCUGAAGAUUUCUUGAAGCUUUUCAUUGAUCCAAAUGAGGUGUACUGCUCAGAAGCAUCUCCUGGCAAUGACAGUGGCAUCUCUGAGGACCCCUGCCGUCCAGACAGUCCCCCUGCCCCCAGGGCAACCAGUUCUCCUCCGCUCUAUGAGGUUGUCUAUGAGGCAGGGGCCCUGGAGAGGAUGCAGGGGGAAACUGGGCCAACUGUAGGCCUCAUCUCCAUCCAGCUAGAUCAGUGGAGCCCAGCAUUUAUGGUACCUGAUUCCUGCAUGGUCAGUGAGCUGCCCUUUGAUGCUCAUGCCCACAUCUUGCCCAGAGCAGGCACCUUAGCCCCAGUGCCUUGUACAACCCUGCUGCCCUGUCAAACCCUGUUCCUGACGGAUGAGGAGAAGCGUCUGCUGGGGCAGGAAGGGGUUUCUCUGCCCUCUCACCUGCCCCUCACCAAGGCAGAGGAGAGGGUCCUCAAGAAGGUCAGGAGGAAAAUCCGUAACAAGCAGUCAGCUCAGGACAGUCGGCGGCGGAAGAAGGAGUACAUUGAUGGGCUGGAGAGCAGGGUGGCAGCCUGUUCUGCACAGAACCAAGAAUUACAGAAAAAAGUCCAGGAGCUGGAGAGGCACAAUAUCUCCUUGGUAGCUCAGCUCCGCCAGCUGCAGACGCUAAUUGCUCAAACUUCCAACAAAGCCGCCCAGACCAGCACUUGUGUUCUGAUUCUUCUUUUUUCCCUGGCUCUCAUCAUCCUGCCCAGCUUCAGUCCAUUCCAAGGUCGACCAGAAGCUGGGCCUGAGGAUUACCAGCCUCACGGAGUGACUUCCAGAAAUAUCCUGACCCACAAGGACAUAACAGAAAAUCUGGAGACCCAAGUGGUAGAGUCCAGACUGAGGGAGCCACCUAGAGCCAAGGAUGCAAAUGACUCAACAAGGACACUGCUUGAGAAGAUGGGAGGGAAGCCAAGACCCAGUGGGCGCAUCGGGACCGUGCUGCAUGCAGAUGAGAUGUGAGCUGGAACAGACCUUCCUGGCCCACUUCCUGAUCACAAGAAGGAAUCCUGGGCUUCCUUACGGCUUUGCUUCACACUGGGAUUCCUACUUAGGUGUCUGCCCUCAGGGGUCCAAAUCACUUCAGGACACCCCAAGAGAUGUCCUUUAGUCUCUCUCUGCCUGAGGCCCAGUCUGCAUUUGUUUGCAUAUAUCAGAGGGUACCUCAAAUACUUUUGUUAUGUAUCUAUGAUUUUAUUUCUUCUUUGGGGACAGGGUUGAGGGGAAAUAAGUUUUGAGUGAUAAAUAAACGUUUUAACUGAAAUUGUA